AUGAGCGUGUCGUUCAAAUUCUCCACUAUUUCCUCAGCAAUGUCGACAUUCCGUCAUCCGCAAUCCACUCCAUCUAGGAACCAAACUGACUUCACCAUGAAGGCACCGAAACCCCCUGACAGGCCGUUAGUUCCUUACAUGCGGUACAGCCGAAAGAUGUGGUCAAAGGUUCGUGCUGAAAAUCCAGAAGCACAGCUAUGGGACAUUGGGAAAAUUAUUGGACAGAUGUGGCGAGACAUUUCAGAUGCGGACAAAGCUGUGUAUCAACACGAAUAUGAAAUAGAAAAGGCCGAAUAUGAAAAAGCCUUCAAAGCGUAUCAAAAUUCCCAUGCUUAUCAGCAAUAUGUGAAUGCUAAGACUCGUGCGAAAGCGAAUGAGAAAUCAUCACGCAGUCGAAUGGAGGCCGGUGGCGUCGUGAUACAGCCGGUUGAUGAGGAGGAUGCCGGAAACGAACUUUCUUGCCGGCGUCUAGCUGCAGUACGCUUCGACCGAAAUCAUCGCCUCAUCGGAGAUUUGUUUUCGCCUGCCAUAGUUACUGACACAAGAACGGUGGUUGCUCAGAAUCGUAUGGAUAUGCUCCGAAAACAGGCACAGUCUUUAUCUGCUCAUCAAAAUAAACUUGAAGAGGAACUAGUCAAAUUGGAAGAAAUACACCAGGAUAAGAAGCGACAAAUCGAGAGAGGUAGUGAGGAAUUUGCAGAGAAUUUGAAAAGGGUUUGUGAAGAAAAACCACAAUUAGAUGAAGCAAAAUAUGCAGAAUUGCUGGAAGAAAUGAAAACAAAGUUGGCUGAAGCAUAUAAGGAAUAUAAGAAGAAACAAGAUGAGAUUAAUGCAAGAUUAGCUGCUGAACGUGAAAAAAUUGUGGAGGAGACUCCAGUACUAGCGGAACUUGUAAUGAGUGAAGAAAACGAUACGGACACAAUUUCAAAGCCGCCAGAGAAAGAGGAAGAGCAGCAGCCAGCUGAAGAAGUACAGGAACAAAAGAAGGAAGAAAGCGAGGCAGAAAGCGCUGAGAAGCCUGAGCCGGAGCACGGAAAGUGA